CUGAUUAUUGGAACGCUCCGGGUGGCCUACGAGCAGGGGUUGGCAGAGGUCACCCUUGAGGCGCGGGUGUCGAAUUUCAUAGCGCAAAGGUUGUACGACAAGUACGGCUUCAACGAAGUCGGGAUCCGCAAAAACUACUACGCGGACAACCGGGAAGACGCGGUGAUAAUGACCACCGACCCAAUCCGCACGGCGUCCUAUCGGGAAAAGUUCGCCUCCCUGCAGGAGACAUUUCUCGCCCGGUACGGGGACAUUCGGAUAGAAAUCUGA